CAGCGCGCGCAGGGAAGAACAGCUCAACGGCAGCCAACAGCAGCAGACUUUCAGACAUGAAUUCAUUGGAACAAGCCGAAGACUUGAAGGCUUUUGAAAGAAGACUUACAGAAUAUGUCUCAUGUCUGCAACCUGCAACUGGGAGAUGGAGAAUGAUUUUGAUAGUGGUGUCUGUUUGCACGGCGACUGGGGCAUGGAACUGGUUGAUAGACCCUGACACACAAAAGGUGUCAUUUUUUUCAUCACUUUGGAAUCACCCCUUUUUUACCCUCAGCUGUAUCACUCUUAUUGCGCUAUUCUUUGCUGGCAUACACAAACGGGUUGUGGCACCAUCAAUUAUUGCUGCCCGUUGUCGAACAGUUUUAGCUGAAUACAACAUGUCUUGUGAUGAUACUGGAAAGCUCAUUCUAAAGCCACGACCAAACAUCCAGUGACCAUCAACUAACGGCAUGGAUAUCAAAUCAUUUUGUUAGCUUGCAAUGUCUUUUGGUUUUAAGUAAAUUUACUCCCUUUCUAUUUGGAUGGAUAACUUAUUUAUCACUGUGCAAUUAUGCCAAUUUAUGUCAACACUAAGCUGCUUUGUUUUUAUGCUGAGUGGGUAUUUUUAAUAUU